CCCGAAACUCAAUUAGAUAUGCACCUGCUUCGAGCGGCGGUGAUGGAGGUGGUGGUGGAGGAGGCGGUGUCGCAGGGAGCAGACCGGGCAGAUGGUGCACCAGGAGGAGCGCAGCCGCUACACUGCACAGCUGCUUGUUGUCAUGGAGGAGCAAAGAUGGCGGUCCUGGCCUAUAGCCUGGGCAAACGCGAAAUAAAUCAACAUUUUACCAUUAAAAACGCCAAACUGAUAUCGCUGCUGGUCGUUCUUGUGCUCCUGGUGUUCCACACGGCGUCGCGCUAUUAUGGAGGCGGGGACUCAUGUGAAUGGCUGCUGUCCAGAGGACGUUACUUGGGGGAGAACGUAUGGCAGCCUUAUGGCUGCAUGAUGCACAAAUACAAAAGCAUUGAAGCCAAAACCUGCCUUGCUGAAAAGCGGGUGGCCUUUGUGGGUGAUUCACGAAUCCGGCAGCUAUUUUACUCUUUUAUCAAAAUUAUCGAUCCUGAGCGAAGAGAAGAUGGAAACAAGCACGAGGAUAUUUCCUUUGAAGAGGAGAGUUCCUCUGUUAAUGUGGACUUUAUGUGGCAUCCAGAGGCGAAUAAUUCAAUGAAGGAGCGCUUGAUAUCAUGGAUGCACGAAGCUUCAGCCAAACCAGAUGUUGUCAUCCUCGGAGCUGCCACGUGGUCCAUCAAGUUGCACAGUGGCAGCAGCGAGGCCCUGCAGCAGUACAAAGUCAAUCUGACAGCCAUCGCCGUGCAUCUGGAGAGGCUGGCUGACCACGGAGAGGUCUACUGGGUCCUGCAAGACCCAGUAAAUGAGGAGGUGUUAAGCGAGAACAGGAAGAUGAUCACCAACCAACAGCUGGAGCUAUAUAACGAAGCAGCAGUGGACGUGCUCAACAGCAGCAAGCGGAACGGCAAAUCCAGGGUCAAGCUGCUGGCUGCAUCUCGCCAGGCCGCGCUGGAAACUAUCACCAUGUCAGAUGACGGCCUUCACUUGCCCGAGAGCACCAGGAAUGUGGGAGCCAUGAUCCUCAUGAACUCCAUGUGCAACAAGCUGCUGAGGCCCAUUGACGGUUCCUGCUGCCAGACGUUACCACCCCCAAACAUCUUCCAGAAACUGUCAGCCUGUUUCUUCCUGGGCUCAGGCCUGAUCUUCCUGGUCCUCCACGUGCUCGGCAACAACCGCCACCGCCGACCCGUGCCCCCCGACGUGGAGAGCCUGGAGGAGAAGAAGCCAGCGACUGCAGCUGUCCCUCUGGGCCCGAAGGCGGCUUUCCAGGCCCUCUGCAGGAUGGGCAUCAUAAUGGGCUAUUUUUACCUUUGUGACAGAGCGGAUGUGUUCAUGAAGGAGCAGAAGUUCUACACGCACUCCACGUUCUUCAUCCCGCUCAUCUAUAUAUUUGUACUGGGGGUGUUUUACAACGAGAACAGCAAGGAGACCAAAUUAUUGAACCGUGAACAAACAGACGAGUGGAAAGGCUGGAUGCAGCUUGUCAUCCUCAUCUACCACAUAUCUGGAGCCAGUGCUUUCAUUCCAGUGUACAUGCAUGUGCGUGUGCUGGUGGCAGCGUACUUAUUUCAGACUGGCUAUGGUCACUUUUCCUUUUUCUGGCUCAAAGGCGACUUUGGACUUUACAGAGUGUGUCAGGUGCUUUUCCGUCUGAACUUCCUGGUGCUGGUGCUGUGUGUGGUCAUGGACAGACCAUACCAGUUCUACUACUUUGUCCCCUUGGUCACCUUCUGGUUCGUCAUUAUCUACGCCACAUUAGCCAUGUGGCCUCAGAUCCUGCAGAAGAAGGCCAACAGUAGUGGCAUGUGGCAUCUCGGGGUCUUAGUAAAGUUACUCGGCCUCCUGCUGUUCAUCUGCUUCUUUGCCUUUUCCCAGGUUUUUUUUGAGAAUAUCUUCUCGGUGUGGCCCAUCUCCAAGCUCUUUGAGCUGAACGGAAGCAUCCACGAGUGGUGGUUCAGAUGGAAGCUGGACAGAUUUGCGGUGAUACACGGUAUGUUAUUUGCCUUCAUCUAUCUGGUGCUGCAGAAGCGUCAGGUGCUGUCAGAGGGCAAAGGAGAAGCUCUCUUCUCUGCCAAGAUCUCCAACCUGCUCCUCCUCCUCUCUGUUGUCUCCUUCAUAACUUACUCAAUAUGGGCAAGCAGCUGCAAAACCAAAACAGAGUGCAACGAGAUGCAUCCUUAUAUUUCUGUGGUCCAGAUUUUGGCCUUCAUACUAAUCAGGAACAUUCCUGGCUACGCCCGCUCUAUAUAUAGCUCAUUCUUUGCAUGGUUUGGAAAGAUCUCCUUGGAGCUGUUCAUAUGCCAGUACCACAUCUGGCUGGCGGCAGACACCAAGGGAAUUUUGGUCCUGAUCCCGGGCAACCCUUCGCUCAACAUCAUGGUCAGCACCUUCAUCUUUGUCUGCGUGGCUCAUGAGGUUUCACUCAUCACCAAUUACCUGGCCCAGGUGGUCAUCCCCAAAGACAGCAUGGCCCUGCUGAAGAGACUGGGCGCCGUGGGACUCUUCAGUCUGGUUGUACUGCUGCUGACCAGGGAAAGCCAGGCCACACCAGGUGCCUGAUGGACAGCUCAUGAUGGGAAGGAGGGGGAAGGACAUAACCCCCCCACCCCCCAAACCCCCCUGCUGACACUUAAGUGAGGUAGAGAGCAAGCUGGGAGCAGCCCUGGCUUUUUUUUAGCCACUGGUGACCACAGCUCCAGUCGUAACCUGUGGAGAACGGUGUCUGACUGCGGGCCCCAUUUCAGCAGAUUCUGUACUUUCUGACUGCUGUGAAAGUCACACACUGAAGAAAAGAAAAAUGCCCAAUAAAAGUGGUGGAGAAUUGCUCCUUUCAGGGCAAAGUGCAAACUGCAGGAGAGUGGGGAGGGGAGGGGGGGACACAUAAAAAGAACAAAAACAUACUGAAACGUUUACAUUAUGUGGUUUUCUGGAUUUGCAGCUGUGUGAAAUUUUUUGCAGCGUUGCUUCUAUUUAGCCAAACACACUAAUAAGAAGUUUACUUUGUCACAUACAGUACUUUCUGUCAUUACUUCACGCUGCGAGGAUUCACGAGGCAAACACUCCGUCCACAUGGCAGUAGCAGUUGAAGGUGAUUUCACUCAGGUGGAUCCAUAACCUACAUAUUCAGAUAUCUACUCUUUAAUGACAAAUAUGUUAACUCGUGCUGCAUUUUAUUAUCAACAUUACGUUGUACAGUAUUUCUGUAGUGCUAGAUAUCUAAAUAUGCAAAAUAUGGACCAACAAAUGGCUUGGGUGAUCAGAAAACUGUCGAGACUAAAGUAAAAUUUGGAGUGCAAUUGUUAAAAAUGUUGGAGUAUCCUUUGACAUAUUUUUGCUAAUGUUUUUGUGAGUAAUUUUAGAAAUGUUUGCCUUGCAGAAAGGCUCCGUGGUCACCUGCUGUAGCGCUGAAAUUCUAUGUGAUAUGUACAGUAUUUAAUGAUUUAAAUUAAGCUUAUAUUUUAUACAGGUUUUUUUUUUUUUUUUGGCUUUGUUUUACUUUGUACGUUUGCGCCCAUGACUGCUGUUUGUGAAGGAAGUAUUACAUAGAUAAUUUUUGUACCCAUCCCAGAAUCUCAUAGAUGAUUACCUGUUGAUGAGGUUGAGCCUUUUACAGGAGCAGCUCACUUCCUAGUAUGUGUACAUUUGUAUGAUAGAGUGAGAGAUUUAUUUUAUACAGCGACGCUUCAGCAGCGGUUUCGGUCCUUUAUCCUUUCAUCGCCGUUGCAACAUGCCUCAUAGCUCUGGUGGAAAGCGCACCAAGUUGCACACACUUAACUGUAACAGGACUAACGGCUCCAUGUACAUCAUCCCUUUUGUGUCACAGCCAGUGAACUUUUGUCAGUGACUGAGUGAUUUCUUAAAGAGUGAAUGCCUUUGAACAUGCAGCUUUUUUCAGUGGCUUAUACGUACAGUACAUCUUCAGAUGUACUGAGUCACAUCUGUGAUGUAGCUGGGAUCACAAUCUUCCAUCUUCAGGCACUUUGCAUCAGGGCCACAUCAACAUUUAAUAACUACUUGGUAAUGCACUGACUGAGCUGAAAAGACACAUUACUGUUGCUUAAAUGGAAACUAUUGUAUAUUUUGUCCGUUGACAAAUGGGCAGCGUCCGUUUGCCUAUUAAUCCUCAUAGACAUUUUAAAAGAGAGCACUUUUCUUUUGAGACCUACAGUUUUCGUCUUUGAGAUGAAAUACGGCGUUUAAUAUGAGCUUAACACGGUACCAGUGCAGAUACUUUAUGCACUUUGACACAUUUUUGUUGGGUAAAUGAAAUGUUUUGUCAAAAUCAUUUGGCAGAUACAAAGAUUUCAACUGUGUUGCAUAUAGACUUUGAGUUGUAUACGUCAUCUAACGAUUGAGCAGUUACGGAUUGCGGUGUCAACGAUUUUUCUAUUCAUUCAUGUAGCUUCACUUUAAAAGGAAAUGUGGGUCCACUUUUCUUUUUCUUUACAGUGGAACAACUUGUCAGCAGCUUUUUGAGGCUUCUUGUGUCAUUUAUCUAACGAUGUAGUUCUGGUUAAACUGUAA